UCUUUCAGCCAGUCGGAAGUCAGCUAUCCUCAUAGUGAUCUAUCCACACUUCAUCAGACACCUUCUGGCAUGCCUUCUACCUGUCACUCUCCUCACAGACAACAUUCCGCUUCAGAGAAUAAAGACAACCUGUCCACACAGAUGCAACGUUUCCUUAGUAUUCUUAAUAAGGGAGUAGAUUCAAAACUAAUGGCUAGUCUGGUCCAAGAGGCCAGAAAAGGACUGACGGACAUAGAGGGCCAGGAAAACCUCCAACUGAGAUCAGGAACGGAUGUCAGUCGUAAAGAUGAGCUGUACGAUCGUUUCAAAGAAACUGGAGACGGAAGCAAGCAAUCAGUCUUGGGAAGAGCAAAAAGCCCAUUUGAAGACUACAGUCAGGAUUACCUGCUGCCUCAUGAAAAAGCUGUGCAGGAUGGCAGCGGCUUUUCCCGAAUCGUUGGCAUGAAGCAUGGAAUUUACGCUCAAGAAGACGUUUUCAGGGAGCCCAACACAGAGGACGAAGAACGGUUCCUCUAUGGGGAAAAGAUGUCUGUAGAUGACCAUAGUGGGGUAGUGAAAGGCCAAAGUAGAUUUAUAGAGAAGAGAGACGGAUAUGCUGAAGACCGAGAUUGGUAUAUGGAGGAUCGGGGCCAAGAUUCGCACCUGCAGAGACAAGAGGGGGAUAGGUAUGCAGACGAACAAGACAGGGGUCACCAUGUGGAGGGUUGGGAUCAACAUCCAAAGGUCCAGGUUCAGUAUUUAGAUACCCGGUAUGAGAUGGAUCCGAAUCGCUCUGUUGGUGAUCAUAAUGAGUGUGUGGAGAACAGAGACGAGUAUCACAGGAUGACAGUAGCUGACAGAUACAAGGAAGUCCAUAGCCCAGUUCAUCAAAUAAGGGAAGAGCCUACCGAAAAAUCGGAUGACAAGAUAAUGCAUUUUGAUAAAAUCCAGAGUCUCCUGCAAACUAUUGGCCUUAAUCUAGACACAGCUGAAGUCAGCAAGUUGGCCGACAGGACAAGGGAACGGUUAUAUGGGAAGAAGGCAAAGGUGCCUGGUUCGUGUUCCGACUCGUCGGGCAGAAAAAGCGAGCGUUCGCUGAACCAUUACGAUCGACAUCGUAGUCGGACAGACUCUUCAGAGUCUGAGGGCUUCCGAUCUGUCUCUCCGGCAAAGUCCUCUCGUCGUGAAGUCUACAUGAGCUACCGUGAUUCUCUGAAAUUCAGCGACCAGUGUAAUAAGGAAGGUGAAAUUGUCAAGGACCUGGACCUCCACAGAAUUACAAGGACAAUCAGAAACUCGCCAGAAUCAACGCAACAUACUCAAGAUCACCAUCCUUCACAUACAGCAGAGGCGACGUUUUCUGACAGCCAGUCCAGCAGUUCUCAGUACGCUCAAGGAUCUUCUGAAUCCGCUUAUUUAGCCACACAGUAUCCCUACGGUGAAAACCGGGACUACGCAACCUUAGCUCUGACUCAAGGACUAAACUCUGCCUAUACUUCUCACAGUAUUCAGCAUUUUUCUGUCGUACAUGGGGGGAUGGGAACGCCCGCACAUUUGCCACCAAGUUAUAAUCCUUACAUCAUGCAGAGUUCGCAUGCCCCCAUGCUGUCAUCGAUGCCAUGCCCCCCUCAGGUGCCUUUUCAACCCCCUUUUUUUAGCCCUCCUCCGUACGGUCCCACUGAUGCUUCUGCUCAAUCCGUGCCCCCUUCACUUGGAUAUCACGAGAAUAUUCCCAUGCAGAGGGCAGAUUCUGCCUCGAGCACAAUGAAGAAGACCUCCAACACAAAGUCACGGUGCCUUAGAGUGAUAGAAACAGUGAAAACUGAGAGGACAGUUAGCGUGGAGAGCUCAUCACCAAGUCAAGGAGAAGGCACACCAGUCCAAACGGAACUGAAACAGGUCGCUCCCAUAACAGAGGAUGACAUCAAGGCUAAACAGAAGAGGAGGCUGGAGCAGUUUAACCAAAGGAUGAGGCAGAAGAAAGAGCAGCAAAUGGAAGCUCAACGGACACGUGGACAAACUCCAAAUACCACACCAGGGAAAGUUCUCAGCAAAGAGGUUAAGAACGUGUGGAUAUGCGGCCACUCGCUUGUGUUUUGGGCCGAGAAGAGGGACAAGUCUCCUGAGUUUGGCAUGCAACUGGGUAUGGAUCCCAAAUGUGUGAGGGUCUGGUGGAAGGGCGUGCAAGGAAUGACAUGGCAACAGCUUUUGCCACAGCUACUCCAGCUCAAAGGCAAUUGGCCCAACCCUGAUGUGAUUCUGAUGCACCUGGGUGGAAAUGACAUCGGCAAAAGUAGCCCCGAAGCCUUUGUGUCGACUGUGAAGAAAGACCUGCUGUCCAUGAAGAGUAUUUUCCCAGACUGCCUGCUGGUGUGGUCAGACAUCCUGCCACGGCGGUCCUGGAGGCACACGGAUGACAGCUUAACGGUGGACAAUAUCCGUAUGGCCAUAAACGAAAGCAUACAAGGCAUCAUUAAGGAAAUUGGUGGCACCGCUUUAACCCACGAAAACAUAAGACCUGGUUCAAACGCUGGUCUCUAUAGACCAGAUGGAGUUCACCUUUCUGGAAAGGGCAUUGAUACAUUCAAUUCAAACAUACAGGAUUUUCUGGAGAAGUGGGAGGCAGUGACAAACCAGACAGAGACUGAGACAGAUCAAGCCACCAGCUAAAAGAGCAGUUUUAUAUUGUAAGAAAUGAAUGUUAAUUUUCUUUUGUUCGUCAUUCUCCUUGUUUUGUGAGGGUUGAAUGCCAACCUCAGUUAAUUGGGUGAAUGUAUAGCAUGUGAA